AUGGCCGAAUUGAAGAUCACCAGGGGGCACUCGUGUGUCCCAUGCCAAAACCGCAAGAUUAGAUGCAAUGGGCAUACUCCAUGCACAUAUUGUAUCAAAACAGGCAAAGACUGCGUUAAAUCUGCCCGCGGAAGCCAGAGCCGACCGAGGCCAACAUCUGGUGGUCCGUCCGGCAGCACCGGGCAAGUCGUUGCAAACGGAGACGAGCGACGCUAUGUUGAGGACAACAAGCUAUGGACGAGCCUCGGCGGUGAGCUAGGCCCCAGAAGCGCGAGCUCAGAGGACGAGAGGUCUUCAGCAAGACACUCGUCUCCACCCCAAAUUAAUCUCAUUUUCGGUCACCAGCAGAUGCAGUCCCCAGAGCUACUACACCCAUCGCCUAUCCAAUCAUUCAAGUUAUGGCAGGUCUUCCUGAGUAACGUGCAUCCUCUGACGAAGAUCAUCCAUGGUCCAUCUAUGCAGGAAGAGGUUCUCAGAAUGCUCUCAAAUCCAACAGCAACCGAUCGCUCAACGGAACCUCUCAUAUUCUCCAUUUAUCUUAUCGCAGUUGUCUCCUUGACAGACGAAGAGUGUCGAAACCUUCUCGACGAGCCGAGAGAAAAGCACCUUGCGAGGUACCGGUACGCUACCGAGGUGGCAUUGAGUAGAGUCGACUUCCUCAGGUCCACGAGCCUCAAAGUACUUCAAACAUUCACAAUUUACCUGGUAGGUCUGCGAGAAUGGGCCUACACCGCGAAACGUCCCUAA